AACAGAUAGGCCUGGCUAUAUCUUUAGAAAGUCUUACUAUGGACGUUUGUUGUCUAUCCAAGACUCGUAUUCAAGACUCUGGUGAAGUACUAUAAAUUCGCUCUUCAUCUGUUGCUUCAAAAAGCUUGUUUUGUGUGCGUUUAUCCGGGGACCCUGUGGCAUCUUCGUCCGGUCUGACUGGCGUUGGUGUCACACUAAGCGCUAGAGCUGAGGCAGCACUAAUCGAUUGGAUCCCCAUUAACAGUCGGUUAUGUGCUGUUAGAUUAGAAUGUUCCAUCGAAGUGAGAAGAAAUCGGCAUGAGAAACGAUGUCCUUUCGUCAACUCCGCCUGUGCCCGGACAGAUUGCAGCACGGAUACAAUCAAGCAUGAAUUUUACCACCAGUCAACCGUUCUUCUCCAGAAACUGCGUUCGACAGAUAUUGUAGUACUAGCCGGAGACUUGAAUGCUCAGGUCGGGCGUCUAGGCACAGAAGAGAGUCGUUUAGGUGGCCGAUGGGGACUCGUUGGUCUCAGGUCAGAUAACGGGGACCGUCUACUGCAACUUUGCACAGACCACAACCUGUUUCUGGCUAGCACUAACUUUCGGCGCAGUCAUCGCCGAUGUGCCACCUGGCGUCCUCCCUCUGCAUCUCAAGCCUGGACUAAGAUUGAUCACAUCGCGAUCAGCUACCGCUGGUGUGGUUGUGUACAGGACUGCCGCUCCUUUUGGAGUACCUAUCUGGACUCUUGUCAUGCCCUGAUCUGCGUCAAUCUUACCUUGCAUUUUAGUGGCCAACAAAGUGACUGCCAUCAACGGAUUGAUAUUAGCAAGCUGGUUGCAACUUCUGUUAGUAAGUAUCGAAUCGAGCUGGCUUCUAGACUAGCUACUGAUCCACCGAAAAGUGUAGACGAGCAUUCGUUGCAACUUCAUGACGCCAUAAAAAUGGCGAGUAAAGUCACUUGUGGGUUUGCGAAACGUCCCGCUUAUAAGCACUGUGUUUCUUCAGGCUCCUUACAACUCAUUGAAGCCCGUCGGUCUACUCCGGGUGACUGUGAGUUUGACCACAAACGAAGUAUGUUAAGUCAUGAACUCGGGCAAAGCUUGCGUAAGGACCGAGAAGCCUGGUGGUCGGAGCGUGCUAAUGAGCUGGAAGCAGCGGCCGCAUCUGAUAACUACCGGAAGCUCUUCCAAUUUACCUCCGGUUCUUUUUAAGGAUGUUGGUGAAUUUCUGACUAAGGAACUGACGACGUUGUUUACAAAGGUUUGGGAACUAGAGAGUGUACCAACGUCAUGGAAUGAGUCGAUAGUCGUCCCUAUCUUUAAAAAGGGUUCACGUCGUUCCUGUAACAACUAUCGGGGGAUACGUUUACUUCCGAUUGCGUCCAAGCUAUUGGCUUCUGUCAUACUUCGUAGGUUGUUCAAAACCCGAGAAAGAUUGACUCGCGAGGAGCAGGCUGGGUUUCGUUCUGGUCGAGGAUGUAUUGAUCAUAUCUUCACCCUCCGCCAAAUGUUAGAACACCGCCAUACUUUUCAAAGGCCAACAAUCGUAGUGUUUCUUGACAUCAGGGCUGCCUUCGAUUCGUUGGACAGGACUGUUCUCUGGUAUUGUCUAUUGAAGAAGGGUGUGCUUGAGAAGCUCAUUAACAUCUUGAAGACCCUAUAUACGAACACCUCAGGUAGAGUGAGGGCAUACAACCACCUAUCUCCAUUGUUCCAUUCAAGCAGUAGGGUUAGACAGGGUUCCCAAUCUCACCAUUCCUCUUCAACUUUGCCAUCGAUGACAUUCUGGAAACAGCUCUGAUGGAUGUAAGUAGUCGUCGUAUGGAUCUGUUGCCUGGAGCAAAAAGUCUCGACCUUGAGUAUGCGGACGAUAUUGUCUUACUGUGCGAUAAUGCCCAAGGCAUGCAAUCCGCACUUAAUCAGUUAGCAAUCAGUGUCCGUAGGUAUGUUAUGUGCUUUGCACCUUCGGAGUGCAAAGUACUUCUACAAGACUGGCAGGAUUCUAAUCCUGUACUCACACCCUGGGUAUUGAGCAGAUAGAAGUAGUCGAGAAGUUCGUGUAUCUGGGUAGCUGCAUAAGUGCUGGUGGGGGUGUGCGUGAUGAGAUCAAUGCACGAAUAGUGAAAGCCAGAGCGGCUUAUGCCAAACUGGGCCAUUUCGGCGCCUUCGUGAUGUUGGUCUGACUGUAAAAGGCCGGAUCUACAACGCGUCGGUGGGAGCAGUUUCGCUCUAUGCUUGUGAAACCUGGUCUCUCCGAGUUGAGGACGUUAGAAGACUCUCUGUGUUCGAUCAUCGCUGUCUCCCAAGGAUUGCUGACAUCCAGUGGCAACACCAUGUCAGUAAUGCAGAGGUUCGGCACCGUGUGUUCGGGCACAGAGAUGAUAAUUCAAUUGGUGUCACCAUCUUGAAACACCGACUUCGGUGGCUUGGACAUGUUCCAUUGAUGUCGUCCUAGAGAAUUCCACGUCGUGCAUUAUUUUCCGACUCUGGGACUGGUUGGAAGAAGCGGAGAGGUGGUCAGUGCAUGACAUGGUGUCGUGGUGUGAAAGAAAGCUGCAAAGGACUGGCUUCUGUUGGUCCUUCAUGACUCCCUGGUUGGGGUUCUGAGAUGGUGCAACACAGUGGCUAGAGAUGUUAUCACAAAUGGUUCAGACUAGAAGCCAGUGUCGAUCUUGAUGUAAGCUUCCUUUACUUUCUUUAUAAAAAGUGGUUGUAACUUCCUGAACUGAAAGAAUUCUUCUGACUGUACCUUUCCGUUUCCCCCAUUAUUAUUAUUAUUAUUAUUAUUAUUAUUAUUAUUAUUAUUAUUACACCACCUUACACUAAUCCAUUCGUUAUCGUUCUUUUUUUCUUCCUCUUCGAAUUCUCAUUGUUUUGUGUGGCGCAUAUAUAUAUUUGGUGCCCUCUUGUACCAAUAUUCAUGUGUUCAAAUAAAAUAAAAUAAAAAAUGCUUUGCGCGUGAUGGUGGUUUGUAACACCUGCAGUUGGUGUUAGUGCGAUGCACACUUUAUGACAUCACUAGUUGCAGUUGUCACAUUGCAUUCCAUCUUCGACUAGAAAAAACAUGUGGGUCUACCAAAACGAUGGUUUGCUCGCUCCAUCGAAAUUGUUAAGUAGGCUUAUGAAGAGAAUAACACGAAUAAUCUCUUUAAGCGCGGAAGACAGACGAAAAAAGAAAGAAGGGAAAAAGAUUCUCGGAAUAAUAGUGUUUCAAAAAUUCUAGAAGCGAUGGACACUGAACACAAAAGGCAACUGAAAAUCACCUAAAGACAGGGACAAUAAAACGGCUUGUCUCCCUACGUCUUCAUCAAACUCUUCACCUAGUUCUGCGAAAUCAGCACCCAUUACAACCAAAUAUGCUGAUGUACCAGCUUCCACAAAUUUAGCUACUAAUCCCACAAUCUCAUUCAUUUUGAAAACCAAUCGUAAAGAAAGACAAAUAUAGAUUCCAAAACGUCACAUCGAGUUCAUUGGUUAAUUUUCUUUCCGCUCUCGCGGACUUUGAACAUUAACUUUUUUUCACAUGGUUUUAUUUCUUUCUCUGUAUUUCUUCACUUCAAUUUAGUAAUAUUUAUAAGCGAAAUAUUCUAUAUUUUUGAAAGAGUUUUCAUUACUUUGGCACCUCAUCUUAGGACUGAACAUUAUACAUUUGGUCCGUUAGGUUUCAUUCUGUACACCUUUAUUCGUUCAUUAAUAUUCAUAUAUUAGCGAUUAACAGAUAUUAGACUCAAUCGUACCAUCAGACAUGUUACAUCUGCUACGGUCUAACAGUAGCUGUUCAAUUAACACGAAGGUAACGCCUCAGGGAUAUCGUCCACCGACAGAGGUUGCUGUGCACUUGAAAGUCAGAUCGUC